CCCCGCGACCCGACCUUGGAUAAGUAAGCGAUAACAGAUGGAUAUUUAACAUACCUGAUGAGCUCAACAAACAAAACAAAUGACAUUAAAGGCUGCCCGUUUCAGUUGCAGUUUCUUACACUUUAAGAGAGCCAAAGUUAUUUAACAGCAGAAGUCCAAAUAUACGAACACCCUGGAGUCUGAAACAAUAUUUAGAAUAUAGUGCUUAUCUGUCACUAAACUAACUUGAAAAUUUCUACUAAUUAUGUAUAAAUGUAAUUCUAAUAAUGUCCAAUUCUUGAAGUUUUGCAUAAAAUCAAAAAAGGUGUCAUUGUAAAACUCUGUCCUUCAUUAAUUCUGAUGUUCUUUUCUGCUUCAGCUUUUUGCCUCAUCAUACCUUCAGUCUGAUGUUCCUGAACCUGUCCCUACUGCUGAGAGAAUUCCAGUUUUAUCCCUGGGAAAUCUGGGAAAUCCCUCAACCUUUGACGCUAACAGUAAUGUUUUCAUUACACAACUUUGUGGAGAAAGCAGAGAAAGGAAGAGAAACAGAGAUGCAUUGACCAGAGGAGUUAGACAGAGAGAAAGACAAAGAGGUAAGAAUCUUCAAAGCCAGUUCAGCCAGUUUUUCUUGCAUAUGGACUUCAAAUGUACAAACAUUGAAAUUAAUAGCCUCGAAAUGUCUUUUUUUUAAUCUGGGAGUUAUCAUUUCUGAUUAAUUUCGUUAAUUUAUCUGACUUAAGAUACUAACUAUGAUGUUUCAUAAUCUUUAGCAGAACUUAAGGACAUGUAAUUAUGAUUAUAAUUCUAUCACCAAAGAGGAUAUAUUAUGAUUCAUCUUUGUUUUAACAGUUCUAUUGUCUGUACAAAGCAUGUUAAUUUAGGACUUUGCAUAAAGUUCCUUAAAUCUCACAUAAAGGGGGUUAUUGUAUUAUUUGUAGCUGCAACUUUUUUCAGUGGGAAAACAAGCCUUUGCUGGCCAUACCCAUCCAACCCCCAGGAGAUAGGGUGUUUACCAAAGGAACAAUGGCAGAAUAUCUUUAACUCAGUCCUCAAAUAUUGGCUGGUCCGUUCCAGUCGGCCCACCUUGCAUGGCCAAGUUUUGUUCACAAAGUCUUCUCGGCAAUGUGGCUUAAUCUGGGCAUGUUCAAAACGAUGCGCAAAGGUGUCUGUGAGCAGUGUUGCUUUUGGUAACUGAUUCGAAGCACACUGCUUCCUACUAGUGCUGCCACGAUUAGUUGAUUUAUGUUUAUGUUUUUAGCAGACGCUUUUGUCCAAAGCGACUUACAAGUGAUAAUCUGCAUGUUGCCCUUGAGGCUAACGACAACAACAAUAACAACAACUUGACAUCAAUCAUGGAGAGGAGGGAACAAAGGAGUGGACAGUAGAGAGGGGGGACGGGUGCAGGCAAGGUGCUAGUUAAGAAGAUGCUCUCUGAAGAGCAGGGUCUUCAGGAGUUUCUUGAAAUUUGAAAAGGAAGCCGCUGUUCUGGUAGUGCUUGGAAGGUCAUUCCACAUUUGUGGAACGAUGCAUGAGAAGAGUCUGGAUUGUCCUGAGCGUGGUGUAGGCACUGCUAGCCGACGAUCCUGUCAUGACUGGAGCGGCUGGGCCGAGACGUAAGCCUUUGCAAGAGGAUUCGGGUACAUGGGAGCCAUACCAUCUCGGACUUUGUAUGCUAGUGUUAGCAAUUUGAAUUUGAUGCGUGCUGCUAGAGUUAACCAGUAGGGAUGCACCGAUCAGGUUUUUUGCUGCCGAUCACCGAUACGAUAUCAAAGAAUGCUGAUCACCGAUACGGAUCACCGAUACCGAUCACGUGGAUUGGCCAGAAAUUUUCUACAACAUUAUAAUGAGUGCUACAAACUACAUAAUCUGGUAAUAAAGGAAAUGUAACCUAAUCUAAAAUGGUCUGUAUUAGGGUUGUCACGGUGUGAAAAUUUAACCUCACGGUUAUUGUGACCAAAAUUACCACGGUUUUCGGUAUUAUCGCGGUAUAUAUUUUUUAAACGUGCUACAUUUUCACACAAUUAAAUAAACCCUGUAUGUCAGGCAAUAUUGUCCUCAGUUUGUGUCUAAAUUUUGCCUAAAAUGUGUUAUUUUGUAAUUAUGUUGUUUAUUUGUUUACAUUUUUCCCUUUAGUCUUUAAAAUACCAAUAUUUGCCCAUAACUUCUUAUUUUUUGUCUGUUUAAUGUAAUCAUUUUAAAAAUAUUACAUCAACUGAUACUCAGUACUCAAGUAGCCUUCUAAUGAGAUACUUUAUCACCCUUACUUGAGUAAUAAACCCUAUAUAGCCUGCCAGACUCCUCCUGUUUAAUUCUCCUGUUUGAUGCACUGGGGGGUGUGGCAAGAUGGCGCCAGCGUGUUCGGCAAGCCGUCUGCUGUUCUCUAUUUUUUUAAUUUUUUCGCUGUUCUUGUGUUUUGUGGUUAAUGUUGGGACUGCUAUCCUGACUUAUGACCGUGCCAACCUCCUGGAUCUUCGUUCGCCUUGGCUCCCUGGCCAGGAUUACCACCACUAUAAUCGCGAGACCCUGCAAAUGCUGCGCUCUACUAUUCCAGCCUCUCUGUGGAGAAUCCCCGGUCCGUUGUGGUUCAGGAAGCGGCGCCGUCGGCGCGGUAAGCGUGGUGGCUCUCUGGUCCGUGUGUGAGCUGAGCUGGCACGCUCCUCGGGGUUCAUGCAGUCUCGAAUGGGUGUGCCGGCUCGAUGCCACUCUGUGAGGUGUUACCUGGAGUCUGUGGACCGGCGGCUCUUCUCCGCUCCCGGCUUUGCCUCUGGCCUCUGCGCUGCGUCCUCGUCUCACCCUGCUUCGUCUCCCUGCUGGUGCCACCGUGGUGUGGAUUUCUCAAACAUUCGGGUUCUGAAGCACAUCUCUUCUCAUACACCCAGGUUGGAUCCAGUACCGCCGUACAGGUUUGCCCUGAUGAAUACUCGCUCUCUUGGCAAUAAAUCAUUCAUUAUUAAGGAUUAUUUUAUUGACAAUAACCUGGAUUUCCUUCUCAUAACGGAAUCUUGGAUUGCUCCUGAUGAUUUAGCCACUAUUUCUGAAACUUUACCUGCUGACUGCGCAUAUUUUAAUAAUCCAAGAACAACUGGUCGUGGUGGUGGUCUUUUGGCCAUCUUCAAACGGACUAUUGUCUGUAAACCCAUCACCUUCCCUGAUUUUACCAGCUUUGAGUUAACUGCCUUUGAACUGUGUUCUUCACCUCCCGUUCUCUGUGCCUUGCUGUACCGUCCUCCAAAAUACAGCAAAGACUUUAUAACCCAGUUUUCUGAUAUUUUAUCUGAUAUCUGUUCACACUAUGACCGUGUUCUUAUCUUAGGUGAUUUUAAUAUUCAUGUUUGCUGCCCUGAGAAGCCUCUUGUGGGAGAAUUUUUAAAUGUUAUUGACUCUUUUGGCCUGGCCCAGUUGGUUAAUAUGCCAACACAUGAACGCUCUCAUAUUUUGGACUUGGUUAUCACUCAUGGCUUGAAGAUCACUGACCUGUUUGUUGAUGCUGUCCAUAUUUCAGAUCAUUUCCCGGUUUUGUUUCGCCUUCAUAGAUCCAAUGCCUCUUUAAUUAAUUUAAUGCCUGCUCGCAGAGCACGAUCUUUUACUCCAUCUACUGCAACAGAAUUCUGUACUUUAUUCACUGAUCUUGUUUCCACUUUGCCGGUGUCUUCUAGCACUGAUGAUUUGUUGCACUUUUUUCAAUCUUCCUGCCUUACUGUGCUAGAUCAGAUAGCCCCUAUGAGAACUAGACGCUCUAAAGUUUGGUCGGAUCCCUGGAUCAGUGCAACUACCAGAUCUGUCAGGCUUGAGUGCAGAAGAGCCGAGCGUAGAUGGAAAAAGGAUAAGCUUCAGAUUUCAUACCAAAUAAUGAUAGAUACCUGGGCUCGUUACCAGAAAGUAGUUAGAGAUGUCCGUAAUAAAUUCUUUUCAAAUAUUAUUACUGCAUCCUUUGGCAACCAGCGUGUCCUGUAUCAGACCCUCAAUGCUGUUCUUUCAGCCAGUGACCACCACUCUCUUACUACCUCGGAUGCUCAAUGCACUCAAUUUUUGAAAUUUUUUCUUGGAAAAAUUGCUAGUAUCCGGGCUCAGAUUAGUUCUCCCUAUGUCACUAGUUGUCCUGAACCCAUUCUGCAUCGGUCUCUGGAUAACUUUGACUUGCUUUCUUUGUCCUCUCUUGAGAACCUCCUGUCUGCCUUGAAGCCGUCAGGUUCUCCGGUUGACCCUGUCCCUCCACACCUCCUUAAAGAGACAUAUUCUGUCACUGGCCCCCUUAUGCUGAGCAUUAUUAACAACAGCUUAUCCACUGGUGUUGUACCCCGUGCUUUUAAACAUGCAGUAGUUCAACCCGUUCUGAAGAAGCCUGGCCUUGACACCUCUGUUAUGAGUAAUUUUUGCCCGAUCUCCAAGCUUCCAUUUUUAUCAAAACUGCUAGAGCGUGCUGUUUUUAACCAAAUUAUGUCUCAUCUAGAUGAUCAUCGUUUAAUGGAUCCCUUCCAGUCAGGCUUCCGAUCCCUCCAUAGCACGGAGUCAGCUCAUCUUCGUGUUUUAAUGACAUUUUAUUAA